CUCUUCCCUCACCAGGUAAGUUCAGUAGGAACUAGCAGAACCUGUUGCUAUGUUCAUGGAGGAGUCUACCACAUAGUCAGAGAAACAUCCGCACGUUAGUUCUGUUUUAUUGUGAGCAUCUCCCGAUGGCCAGGCGAACAGGGCGACAGAGGUCCCAGCUGCCUACCUGUUACUAUGAGGGCUACCUGGAGAAGAGGUCGUUCAAAGACAAGACGUCCCGGAAACUGUGGACGUGUCUGUGUGGAAACAUGCUCUUCUUCUUCAACGAGAAGAGAGACGCUGAUUACAUAGAGAAAGUGGAUCUCAGGGGAAUGAUCUCGGUAACAGACGACAGCAGCCUGGAUCGUAACUUGGAUGCAGCCAGAAUCAUCCUCAAGAUGCAAGAUGGAAAUAUCAAAUUCACCGCUCCUAAUACAGAGGCCCGUGAGUUGUGGAAGGGCUACAUCCUCUCUGUGUCUGAGCUGUCAGUGCCCCCCUCCCUCAACCUGCUACCAGGUCAGUUCCACAUGCUACAAGAGGCAGUAGACAAGGAGACGGAAAGAUUAAAACACGUUGAUCCACCUGAAGUCACCUCCAGCCCCUACAUCAACCUCCAAGUAAACUUUCCACCCUGUUACCACAGUGUGUCGCGUCUGGAGGCUGAGCUGCUGCUCGAGAAGGAGUGCAAGAGAGGAAACAUGCUCCUGAGGCCUGGAAGUAAGGGAACCUCCUUCUCUGUCACCACCAGACAGGACCAUGAUGGUGCUAUAUUCAGUCACUACCGUGUGACUGGAAAACAAGAAGGCGGAUUUUCAAUUGAUGUGGACAAUCCUGUCCCCUGUGCCACACUGAGUGAUGUCAUCAACCAUUUAGUAGAAAAGACUGACGGAGCUCUGGUUCCUCUCAUCAUUGAGGAAGAGUAUGAGAAAAACAUCUUUUUUAUUCGGUCUGAUAAUGAAAAUGGAGAAAAAAGUGUUGAGCAAGCUCUGUCAAAUCCCCGGCGAAGUUUGCCUCCCAAACCAGAUACUUUAAAAAUAAAGACUCCCGUACGAGCACCGACUCCCGUUGAGGUGGAGGAGAAAGAGAGAGAGACGGAGGAGGACCCAGCUGCUGCAUUGUCACAACAAAAGAAACCUCCAGUUCCUGCUCCUCGUAAAUUUACCCUGAGUACAUCGACCCACUCGGCCACCUCCUCCACGAACAGAGAUCUGAGGUCGAGAAGCCACACAGACCCUCUAGGACAGACAAUAUCAGAGCUCAAACUCAAGUUUGGACAAAAGGCAAAAUGUCCGGAGUGAUCUUUUCAGCCGUCAACAUCUGUGACCGUCUGCCUCACACCCCCCAGUACUUAGCCCCCUCCCAGUCUGUCCCUGCGAGGCCAACUCACACACUGGGACAGAGACGAUCCGUUUCCACAAGGCCGGCCUGUCAGCAGUGAGGCCUCUGAAGAUUAACACUUUAUUGAUUCCCCCUUCUCUGGCACUCAUUAGCAAAUGAAUCGACUGUAAAGGGGGAUGUACAUGUCACAUUAUCUUCACCUUGAUUCUCUUGUACAUUUAUAGUUGACGAUGGCGUCUAUUUUCCCAAUCAGAUUUUCCUCAGUGUUUUAAUUUUGUAAGUAUCAGCAUAAUUCUUUUUUUUAUACAUGUUGUGCCUCAUAGGCAUGUGAUGUUUAUAUGUACAUAAGUGCACACACAGUAUAUGGCACAAAAUGAACUACUUCGAGCCGUGUCUGAGCACAGACAAAUUCACAGAAAUUACCUGCUGAUUACAGUAAAUCCUGUAUUAGAAUGACGUCGAUCAGUGAAGUCGAACUCCUUCACUAUCAUUGAUCACCUCAAAUCAGACACAUUGAACAAGUGACUUUGCGUACGAGCAAUGCAGAAGUUAGAUAGAAAUAAUCCGUCUACCCAUGUUCUGUAUCUGCUCUACCUUCUUUUUUUUGUCUUGUUGAAAAUCUGUGAACAAAGUGCUCUCACUCCUUUAUUACCUCAAUGGCUGAUACAUUAUAGUGGAAAAAAAUUCAACUAUUUACAAUAAAUUGGGACAUUUUUGUCCGCACGUGAAACAAAAGGUAACAAAUCUCAGCUGGACGCUUCUUUAAAGCAUUGCAGGCUACAGUUAUUCAGGAGAAGCAUUCAGAGGGGGCAACAUGGCAAAGCAAGACUACCAUGGGUAACGUAAGACACGGACGCUGCUCAGAGGUCGCACAGGCCACAAAUGAGGACUUCAAAAGACCAGUAAACAAUUUCCACAGUUCACCGCUCUUCGUUUCUUGCCCAGGUGGAUGCCAAACCUGAUCAACUCUCACACCACAGUUAGUUAGCUGGAGCUACUGACUAGCUAGUUGUCACUCUUGGACUACAGUCAGCCCACUACUCAUAACUGGAUCUCUCUGCAGAUAAAGUGGUGUUAUUAGGUAUAGACACAUACAUACUAUACAUACAAGCAUUAGGGUGCAAUGAGGUGAAUAUAAUGUAUACAGUACAGUCAUUUCCAAAAUCUUGAAGCCGUGUCUGAAGCACCUAUGCCUCCACUACGAGACGUUGAAUUGAGGAGAACUCCCUCUGAAAGUGUAGUGUGGCUGUCAGAUGAAGGAUCCAGUGUCUUACUUGCAGUGUGGGUCCUGACUACAAAGAGAAAUGUAGUUAAUACUGUGAAGUCUGCAACAUCCAUAAUGAGUGUUCAUUAAGGGUUGAAUGAAUCCUGAUUCAGUGAUGAACUCAAUUCUACUGAGCAGCACAAAGCAGGUUGUUAUGUUGUGUAAAGGCAGAUUCAGUAGAUGAUUAUUACCACUAAGCUACGAUAGGUUAUACUGACACUGACACCAUACAUUGUUUUAAAUUGAACUAGGGAGGCUGCGUCUUGCUGUUAAAUAGUUGCAUGACGGUACGGAUCCGAUUGCUCUAUUUGGCCAAUCAGUUUGGAAAUGAAAUGGAAGGCACAGGGAGAGAGCAGACAGGACAGGGCUUUGACCCUGCGCCUGCAGCUGGCUGCAUGACAGUACGACUGACAGUUUUGGUGAUGGAGAAGAAAGGAAGGAAGGAAGGAAGGAAGGGCAGCGGCCAGCGCUAAAUCUUUGCUCUAGCAGCAGCGGGACAGUGCUAAAUGAAUGUGUAGAGAGUGGCAAACUAGUACGACUACACCUAAUGUGUCCCAAGCAAUCAAUAAGAACAGUGCCACUGAGGGCUCUGAUGACCCACGUGUUCCCAAAACCAUUUUUUUGUUGUCUUGUAACACAGACAUGAGGAAACAGGCUAAACCAUCAGACGCCAGUGACUAGUAACUCUUCCAUGAUAUGGCUUUGACCGUAGUCACGGCAGAGGAGAUGUUCUGCGACGCGUGACUGUGAUCAGGCGGAGCUGGUGGAGGGAUCUAGGUGAGGCUGGCAUUAGAGCUGCUAGUGUUACUGUUCCUCCUCUGGCCGCUUUGCACAACGCUGGGAACCUGCAGGCCCGUCACCACCGAGAAACUGCCGUUCCACACCUGCAGGGGGCAGCACAGUGACAGCCAGUUAUUCAAAAGAGAAAGGUCACAGGGUGUUCGUUGAGACAGCAGAGGCUUCUUAAGAACCAUUCCUCACCAUGAAAGCUGGUAUGACUGGCUGCGGAAACUUGGUUUUGAAGGUGUGCAUCAGCUGCUUAGUUUUGGCGUUGUAGAAAGACAGUACACCUGGAAAGAAUGAAGAAGACAAAUCAAACGCGUACUAUAUUAAAAAAGUUGGGCUGCAACUAACUUUUUCCUAUUCAUUAACCUGUCAAUUGUUUCUUUAAAUAAUCAAUUAACCGUUUAGUUUGGUUUAUUUAUAUUCAAAAGUACUAUUCCAUACAGAGUCAUGAAAAAAUCAAUCCUCAUAAUUGUUUAAAUUGUAAAAAAAGAGUUUCUGAUCAAGAUUGUUGCAACCCUUCACAGGAGUGGGUUCAACAGACCGACAGUGACUCUGUCCGUGAUGGAACACCGACCCUCUCUUACCUUCAUCAUAGUUGACGUAGACUCCUAUACUGCUCGGGAUGGGACAGUCCAGCGUCCGAGCCUUGUUGUUGUGCUUGGCCGUGAGGUUCUGCUGCAGCCAGUUGUUCAGAUGGAUGCACCAGGAGGCGCCGCUUUUCCCCAACUGGUCAAAGCGGCCCAGGCUGCGCAGGGCCACCCCGACGGCGAAGGCCUUGCUCUCCUUGUCAAACCGCACUUCCCAGUACUGCUGGCCGGCGUCGAUCAUGGUGUCGGCUGCAAUGAGAUAAAGGCCUGCUUAUACCUUUCUGGCAUUACAGUAUCAAUAUUGAGUAGAUUAAGUAGAUUUGUUGUGCCUAGAUAACAAUAAAAAAAAAUGUAUCUCAGCUCUGCUAAAAGCUA